AUGGAGGUCAAAGCCACCGACGAGGCACCCUUGACCAAGUCUGCGGUUGUGACUGCAUGGCAGUUCGUGGCCGCCCAUCCUUUCGUGAUCCUUUUCCUGCUCCUGUUCGUCCGACCCUUAUGGAGACGCUACUCCUCACCGUUGCGACAGUUCCCAGGGCCGUUCAUUGCCUCGUGCACAAGAGCGUGGAAAGUUUGGAGUACGUGGACAGGUCAGACUGAGCAACAUCACAUUGCGCUGCACAAGAAAUAUGGGCCCGUCGUCCGUAUCGCGCCCAACGAGGUGUCAUUUUCGAAUCCAGAAGCUGCGAUUGAAUUGUUCAAAACGGGCAAGGGAUUCCACAAAACAGACUUCUAUGGGGUGUUCCCGCCUCCUGAGAACCCCGACAUCUUCACUGAGACUCGAGAAUCGGUCCACGGCGUCAAGAAACGAUAUGCGGCGACUCCUUACAGCUUGGCCGCCAUGCAGCAAUGCACGCCUCGAAUUGAGGAGACUGAAAAGCUUCUGAUCUCCAAGUUGGACGAAUACGCCGACAACAACAAGAUUUGCGAUUUUGGUGACUGGCUCCAUUUCUUUGCGUUCGAUGUCCUGGGCGAAGUGGCAUUCUCCAAGAAGUUCGGCUUUCUCGAGGCGGGUGUCGACGUCGACCGCGCCAUUAAGACCAUCGACAAUUCCCAGUGGUAUAAUGGCAUCGUAGGCCAGCUUCCGUGGCUCGACUACCUUUUCCGACGAAAUCCACUGUGGAACCUCAUUCCGUUCCUGUCCACCAAGAACGCUCUGAUCACGAAGACAGCAUUAGGACAACUGCAAAAACGCCAGGCUCCGGACGGAGAGAAGGUCGAGUACAAGGACCUUCUGAAUAGCUUGAUCGUCGCACAGAAAGAGCACCCUGAAGCCCUUGGUCCUGGUGACGUGUUUGCAAUUGCACACGGCGCUAUUUUCGCGGGGAGCGACUCGACCGCCAGCACCAUGCAAAGCUUCUUCUGGUAUGUCUUGUCCAACAAGAGAGUAUACGACCGGCUGGUCACAGAGGUCAUGUCGGCCAAUCUGUCGGAAAUGGUCACGUACAACGAGGCACAGAAUCUGCCCUAUUUCCAGGCCUGUCUGAAAGAAGCCAUGAGAAUUGCUCCAGCUGUCGGCUUGAACAUUACCAGAAAGGUUCCAGCUGGGGGUGCCGAGAUCGACGGUGUCAGGUUACCCGAGGGUACAGCCGUCGCCGUGAACGGCUGGGUCUUGCACAGGAAUAAGAGUAUCUUUGGCGACGAUGCCGAGAUAUACCGACCUGAGAGAUGGCUUGAUAAUGACAAGGAGAAGGUAAAGAUGAUGGAACGAUGCAUGUUCCAGUUCGGUGGCGGUUCGCACGUGUGCAUCGGACGGCAUCUUGCCCUCCUUGAGAUGAACAAGGUCAUUCCCGAACUCCUUCGACGAUAUGACAUUCAGCUUGUCAACCCGGGAAAGAAGCUCGAACACCACUCCAGCUUUUUCGUGGUGCAGUGGGGACUGCUGACCUAUAUGCGGCUGCGAGAGAAGUCGUGA